AUGCUGCGUUCCACCGAGUUUUUCCGCAGCCUCGAGUGCCCGUUUUACGGCAGCGGCGGGACGUGCAACCGGCCUUACUGUCACUUCAGGCACCGGGGCGCCGGCGGCGGCGGCACUGGCGGCAGCGGCGGCUCUGGCGGCGGCACUACUACUGGCAGCACCGGCACCGGCGGUGACGCCAGAGAGAAACCACCGAGCGGUGGGCAACCACUAGCCACCGGCCAAGAACGUGGUUAUGAUCCACAUAACCUCGACCUUACUAAGGGUUCACCCAGAAAUGGAGAUGAGAUUUCAGAUGACCUUACCGAGUCGAGCUCCAAUACAUUGGAACUGGAGUUGGUCAACCAAGCCAUUGAGGCUGUCAGGAGUGAGGUUGAACAAGAACAGCAAAAACUGUCAAGAUAUGGGGUCCUGACAGAGGAUGCAGAGGAGCAAUAUGUUCCUUCAGCACCACGUAAACAGAAGACCAUUAGCAAAGCCAAGGGUUGCACAGAGGUUUUACCUCACCUGGAUAAAUUGACGUUAAACCCCUUGGAAUAUAAUCCUGAUAGUUAUCAUCUAACAAACAAAGUGGAGUACACCCCUACUCCACUUUCCAGUACCGCUUGCUCGAGCAAGUAUACUCUGGAUACAGACGAUGAAAUCGAUUCCAAGAAUAAUUCGUUGAAGUAUGUCCCCACUCUUGUGACUAAGCCGGCGAAAUAUACUACCUCUGCACCCAGUCAUAAGUAUGUGAUCGACAACACCAAGCCAUGCACUGAUCUCGAGUAUGAUCCUUUGUUGAACUAUUCAGCGCGGCUGAUGAGCAAAAAUAAAUCGAAAGAGGAACGUGGGAUCAAGAGGGCGAGAGAGAACAGUACAGAGGAGAGCUAUAUCCCGACAGCAAAAAAACGCAGACAUCGGUUGAAUUCAACUAGCUGCCACGUGGAUGUGGACUCCUCAGCCUCUGGAGACGACCUUAGUGAUAAUGACUCUCUGCAAAGAUCUCGUUGCUCUUCAAAGCGUCGAAAUGCAUCUACCGAGGAGUAUGAAUCGGAUGAAGGAUCACCUCGAAAGGCAAAAGACUUGAAGAAAAGGCCUUCGAAAGGGACUGUCGGGCGGUGUGAUAAGGAAGAUGUCCGCGGCCAUGAGAACAAGGGACAGGACAAUCGAGACAAACACAAAUGUACAGAGAAGUCAAAGUCCGCCAGUCAUUCGGCCAAGGUUGCAAAAUGUAGCAAGGAAGAACUUGGAGCGAAAGAUCAUAGAACUAAAAAGAACAAAGGCAGGAAUUCAGAAACUGUGAAGGACAGAGUGCAACCGAGCAAAGCAGACAGCAGCAAGGGCAAGGCUUCUGACCACCGAGAGAAAGUCGGUAUAAAGGAGAAAAAGAAAUGUGAAAAGGAAAGAGUGGACAUCAAGCAAGAACAAGACGGGAAGAAAUUGAAAGAUAAAGCAAAGAUUGACGCUAACUCACAAGUUGAAAAGAAGCGGAAAAGGGAAGGAACAAACGAGGUAAAAGAGGAAAAGAAAAAGGUCCGAGUGGACGGAGAUUCUGGAAACGUCAAAACCGGCAAAUUGAACGGGACAAAAAGCGAAAGCAGUAAAUCCAGGUCCAGAUCGGGCGCUUUAUCAGAGAGUUCAGGCAAGGCUAAAGCUCCCGAACGCAAGAAAUCUGACAAAAAUAUAAAUGACAGUUUCAAAUCCAAAGGACCGGACCGUAAAAACGGAGCUCAGAUAGGAAGCAAAGGUAAGGAGAAGUUGAAGAGGAAAGCGGGUGAGUCUAUGUCUGCGAAAGAUAAAGGGCAACAGAAGAGUUCCUUGUCCAAACAUCAGGGGACAGAGAAAAAAAGAUCCAGUUUAGCAAAACGAGCGUUAAGCCACACGGAUUUGUUUGGCGAUGACAGCAGUGGCAGUGAGGAUGAUGGACAGGCCGGACCUUCAGACGCUUACGACACAGACUCCGACCCUGACGUGGACCAGUGUAGCGACAGCAGUUCGAACGCUGACGAAACUGAAAAUAACGCGGCACAAAAAGCCUCUUCUUCCUCUUCGGAGGACGAGGUCGAUUUCGCCAGCCUGGAAAAAGAUUUCGACUUCGAGUCCGAUCCUAUGGAGGAAUGCUUGAGGAUUUUCAACGAGUCGAAGGAAGUGAAGAAUGAAGAUAAGGGCAGGGUUGCCAAGCAGGUGUCUGUGGAAAGUAAUGAAGAAAAAGAUUCCAGUUUAACAACCCUGUUCCCGGGACAAAGGAGGAGGAUUUCACACGUGGUAAAGCAAGACCGUGUGGAACCAACCAGGCCAGUCAUCCGUCCUUUGCGUAGACUUACUCCUCAAGAGGUUUGUUAUCAACGGAGCCGGAUGGCACAACAACAAAUGGUACAAUUGGCAGCAGCAGAAAAACCAGUAAGCACAUCUUUCACCAAUCCGGGGGAAAAGAGGAGAAUGGCACACAUGCCAAAUGCAGGGAUAAUCACAUCACCAAAACAGUCCUCAGUUCAUCAGAAGAUGGGAACUUCUGCAAAAACUGGAGCGCCGUCUGAUAAGUCAAGACAUCAGGUCUUCAAAACUGAAACGGUUGUUGGAAUGGCAUCUAAAACUGUAUCAACUAUUGUACAGAAGAGGAUCGCACAUGCUCCUAUUUCAAAGAGCACAGGCUUGAAGCGGCCGACAAUUCCCACUGAAUACGGUGCCAAAGUGCCAACAAACGUGAGACAGCGCUACCUGAAUGUCUUCAUUGAUGAGUGCCUGAAGUUCUGUAGAUCAGAACAAGAGGCCUUUGACAAGGGUUUGAGUGAAGAGAAGAUUGUCUAUGAUCGCUGUACCAGUAGAACCGUGUAUCUGAAUGUGGCUGUGAACACCUUAAAGAAGUUAAGAAGUCAAAAGAAUACUCCUACGUCUCCUACAGAGAAGACCCCUAAAGUAUGUAAACCUAAUAUAAACGCCAACAAAAAAACGCUGUCACAUGAAGCAAUGCUGGGAGGAAGGAUGGCUAUGAAGACCAGUUUUACUCUGAAUCGAUCUGGCAAACAUCAGGACGUUGAGCUGAAGGGUGCGUCGUUCUACAACAAGCUGAAGGAGUACAUUCUAACUGAAGAGCAAUUGCGAGAAAACAGCUACCCGAGGCCACACCCGGAGAAGCCUGGCGUUGCCAUGCUGUUCAAUCAAGAUCCGAAAAAGAACAACACUGACUCUUCAUUCAAGAUCUGCUGCCGUUGUGGUACCGGUUACGGUGUCUCCCUCAGUGGGAAUUGUAUCCGCAAAGAGGAAUGUACCUACCACUGGGGAAAACUGCGCCGACAGAAAGUGCCUGGUGGAUGGGAAACCCUGUACAAUUGCUGUUCGGGAGCAGUGGGAUCCUUAGGAUGUCAGACAACAAAGCAACACGUUCAAGAUGGUCGCAAAGAAAACCUGGAGGGAUUUAUGAAGACCUUCGAAAAGCCAGACCCGGCAGAUGAAAACCCAGGGGCCUUUGCUCUGGAUUGUGAAAUGUGCUACACAAAGCAAGGCUUGGAGCUGACCAGGUUAACGGUGGUAAACACCGAUUUGAAGGUGGUGUACGAUACGUUUGUCAAACCAGACAGCAAAGUGGUCGAUUAUAACACCAGGUUUUCAGGUGUGACCAAAGAGGAUUUGGAGAGUACAACUAACACUAUCCGUGAUGUGCAGGCAGUAUUACUCAGCAUGUUCAGUGCUGACACCAUCUUAAUUGGACACAGCUUGGAAAGUGAUUUAUUUGCACUAAAGCUUAUACACAGCACAGUGAUUGAUACAGCCAUCGUGUUUCCACACCGACUGGGGUUACCCUAUAAACGCGCACUGAAAACUUUAAUGGCAGACUACCUCAAACGCAUCAUCCAAGAUAAUGUCGAAGGCCAUGAUUCCAGCGAAGAUGCAGCGUCCUGCAUGGAGCUAAUGAUAUGGAGGAUAAAGGAAGACGCAAAACUGAGAAGAUGACCCUUCUUCCUCCCCUCCCCGUUGUCUUGCGCUGUGCGUAAAGGGACUCGCCAUUUCCCGGCAGGAUCCGCCAAGCUGUGCCCCAAUCCAGACACUGGGAUGUGUAACAGUUCCGCGGGACCGAUUGCAACUUUUCUGCUUUUGGAGGAGAGAAGAGAGAGAGAGAAAAAAAAAGCAGAUGAC